AUGGUAUCAGAUCCAGGAAAUAAUAAGCCAAGAGAUGUCUUUCACCAAAGAGUUCUUAAAUCUUACCAUAAAAGACAGCAAAUUCAACAACAACGUAUGACUUAUACAAAUUCAUCCGAUGAAAAUGAUGCAGCAGCAACUUAUGGCGAUCGCGAUGGAGAUUUUGUCCAUAAAAAACGUUUUUGCCUUAGGGAAAAUGAAUCUAUUAAUAAAAGUUUGUCCAACAGUAGUAUUACUACUAUCGAGUCGAGCUCGAAGGGUAGUAGUAAUACUGUUGUUGAUAUUCCACUAGAAAAUAUAGAGUUGAAGUACGGAUAUAUAUCGAUGAUCGGACGGAGGAGAGUGAUGGAUGACGCUAUAAAAGCCUCCAUAAAUAUGGCGAAUAAUGAGUUUGUAUUUUUCGGAGCUUAUGAUUGUCAUGGAAGAUCUAGGGUUUCACAUGCAUGUCGUGAUCGUUUGCAUUAUGUACUCGAGGAGGAGUUAUUAAAGGCUAAGAGAAAAGCAAUUAAUAAUAAUAAUGAUGAUGAUAAUAAUGACAGUAGUAGUAGUGUGGAUUGGGAAAAGGUGAUGGUGACGUGUUUUUCAAAGAUGGAUGAUGAAGUUAUGAGAGAUGGGAAUGGGGUAAUGGGGUAUGAGGAGGGUGGGUUUGAGGAUGUGGGGAAGACGGUGGGGUUUGCGGCGGUGGUGGUGAUAGUGGGGAAAGAAGAGAUAGUGAUAACUAAUUGUGGUGAUUGUAGAGCUAUACUUUGUAGUCAUGGUGUUGCUAUACCUUUGUCAAAUGACCAUAAGCCUGAUAGACCAGAUGAGAAGAAAAGGGUUGAAGCAGCAGAUGGUAAAGUUCUAAAAUUGAAUGGUAGCAGAGUCCAAGGAGUCCUUGCUACUUCAAGAUCCAUAGGUGAUCAUAGUCUAAAACCAUUCGUGAUACCAGAGCCAGAAGUGGCAGUGUACAAACGUGACGAAUUGGACGAAUUCAUAGUAAUUGGCACAGAUGGUUUGUGGGAUGUUGUGUCCAACGAGGUAACUUGCCAUGCCGUAAGAACAUGUCUCAACAGACAAAUUAGGAGGAAGUUCUCCGAUAGAGACAGUGCGGCGGAUGCCGCCGCACUUUUGGCCGAGUUGGCCAUUGCUAAGGGAAGUAAAGACAACAUUAGUGUCAUAGUAGUUGAGCUUGGUAAAAUGAAUCCAAAUUAG